AGAAGAUCUUUAACUUUAUUUUUUAAAAUGACAUUGUUAGCUCUAAGAGAAAGCAUUGCAACAGGAACUAAGAAUAAAACUAAGCCAGUGCUUCUGCAGAACAUGAGCCCUGAGAAAUGCAAAUUCUCUCCAAAGCAUAAAGGAAUGUUAACUCUGAAACCUAUUAAUGGGCAUUUUCCUGGCAGAGGCAUAUUGGUCAUGGUGGUGCCCAGCUGCAGGGGCUGCACACUCCUCUCGUGACCCUGUGGGUCUGUAUCCCUUGGGCUGAAACACGGGGUGAGGGCUGGGAGAGGCGCAGGGCAGCCAGCCCCUCUGCAGCAGAGCCCUCGCAGCUCAGCUCGGCGCCUGGCUCUCUGCUGAGCCCCGGCUCCCCCCAGGGCAUCCUCCUGUCCCCCUCCACAGGUACCUCUUCACCCUCCAGAUCAAGAAGGACCUGGCACUGGGGCGGCUGCCCUGCAGCGACAAGAGCGCUGCGCUGCUCGUCUCCCACCUGCUGCAGUCCGAGCUGGGCGACUUCCACCAGGAGAUGGACCAGCAGCACCUGGCGACCCACAGGUACCUGCCCAACCAGGAGUACCUGGACAACAAGAUCAUGCACUACCACCGGAGACACGGUGGGAAGACGCCGGCCGAGUCGGAUGUUCAGCUGCUGGAUGUGGCCAGGAAGCUGGAGAUGUACGGGAUUCGCCCGCACCCUGCCAGCGACGGCGAGGGGACCCAGAUCAACCUGGCCGUGACACACAUGGGGGUGCUGGUCCUGCGGGGCAACACAAAGAUCAACACGUUCAACUGGUCCAAAAUUCGCAAACUAAGUUUCAAGAGGAAGCAUUUUCUCAUCAAGCUCCAUGCAAACGUCUCUGACCUGUGCAAGGACACGCUGGAGUUCACCAUGGCGAGCCGGGAUACCUGCAAGACUUUCUGGAAGACGUGCGUGGAGUACCAUGCCUUCUUCAGGCUGUCUGAAGAGCCCAAGUCAAAGCCCAAAGCCCUUCUGUGCAGCAAGGGCUCCAGUUUCCGCUACAGUGGGAGGACGCAGAGGCAGCUGCUGGAGCAUGGGAGGAAGGCAAAGAUGAAAAGCCUGCCCUUUGAGAGGAAGCACUACACAUCCCGCUAUGAUGAGAGGCAGUGCCGCUCCUCCCCAGACCUCCUGACAGACGUCUCCAAGCAGGUGGAGGAGCUGCGGCUGGCCUAUGGCAGCCGGGGCUCCUACCAUGCCAACGGGGUGCACGCCUCCGAGCCCACGCUGGACAGCCAGCGCCGGAGCUCUGCCGUGGACGUGACGUUUGCUGCUGAGCUGGAGCGCUCCAAGCCCGAAGCGUUCCCCUCCUUCCUGCCCCACUCCAAAAGCUCAUCUGCCUUCCCCCUGCUCUACGCUGAGCUGGAGCUGGAGCGAGCAUGGGAGCCCACUGACCUCUUCAGCACCAGGAACCCCUUGACCUCCUUUCGGCCCCACCACCAGUUCGCUGGGAACAGUAAAAGCAACUCGGUGGGCAACAUGCGGGAGGUGAGCGCCCGGCCGCUGGUGUACACGGACGUGCCGUGUCCCCCAUCCCUGGGCACCCCGGUCCCGCAGGUCCUCUUCUACCUGGACAAGCCCCCGUGUCAUGCACUGGCAGCUGGUGAGAACACAGCCAGUGGAUGCAGUCCUGCAGCUGCAAAACCCCUCAGGCGGAGCCCAAGCGGGACCCGGGCCGGGGAGUUUAAUCACGAGGCUCCGUGCAUGGCAACAGGCGCGAGUGUGGCCCCAGCAGGAGAGAGCAGGUUGCUGGCUCGCUCCUUCGAUUAUGGCCUUCAGGAGCAGCCUCCCAAGAGGUCUUGGAGCCAGUCGGACAUGAAAACCAUCCGCUUCCCCUACGGCUCUGAGUUCAGGCCCCUGGGGCCACGUCCCGCGCUGAGCAGCCACAAAGUGGGCGUCUUUCGGCACAUGCCGGCCCUGCACGGGCUGACGUCAGGGCCACGGUGCUCCGCCGAGCGCUAUGUGGGCAGCAGCACCGAGUCCAGCGACUCCGACUCUGACCUCCUGGGCACCGACUCCUGCUCCCUGUACGGCCGCAUGCUGCGCUCGCCCAUGGCCCGGGUGCGGCUGUCCUCUGGCAGCCUCCAGCUGGAUGAAGAGGAUGAGGAGGUGUCUUUUGCCACUGGCGCUGCUGAAGAGAGGACUUCUAGGGGGGCCUCCAGGUAUUUCACCUAGGUGCCUGACACUUGCUGGAGGGAGCAGAGCUGGCCAGUACUGACCUGGGGCUGCAGAAGGGCGAUGCUCUUGCUUGCAGGGCUGCUUACUGCUCGCGAAAUGUUGAUGGGCUUGUGUUGUGCGUGCUCUUAGCUAUAGAGGAUGUGCUAAUGGACAAGGCAGCGUUCAGAGGUACUCAUGCCCUGCACCACAUUUGGAAGCUGGUGCAUCUCUGCCAUGACACGGGGGGGUCCUGCUCCAGCCAGAGGGGCCAGGGUGCUCCUAAAGCCCUGCAGAGACUCUGUGUCCUGCCCAAGCUGGUGGCUGCUGGUCAUGCUUGGAGCUCAGCUGCUGGUCUUCAUCGGGAGGAGGAAGGAAAAGAAAAAACAUCUGAUUUUUUUCAAAGCUGCAGGGAAGUACACUGGUGGGAAGGAGGCCCAUUUGGAGAGGAGCAAAUGGCCAGGGGAGGCUGGUCCCGGAGCUGAGCCCCAUGGACACAGCCACAAUGGCCCAGCAUGGAACCUGACUCCUCCAUCCUGCUCCUCCUCCCUCCCACACUGCAGGGAGUGCCUGGCCCUCAAGGACAAGGUUGCAUGUGUGGGGUGUUCCUUGAGAUGCUUGGAGCCACAGAAGAAGCAAACUGCUCUAUCUUCUCCCUGGCCAGAUUAAAGCAACAUCCUUCCCUAAGCAACAUCUCCACGGUGCUUGUAAAUCAUUUAGCAGCAUCCCAGAGUGAGCUUUGGGAAGUGGGUUAAUGAGUGAUAUUGUAUAGCUUCUGACAGCACCUCCACAGCCCUGGUACCUCAGUACCCUGGUUAAAUCUGGAGGAGCAAAGUAUGUAAGGGGGUCCUUUGCUCCCUGAAAUCAGGCCUCAGGCGGCAUAGGGGAAAAAAGAUCUCGGGAGAGGGUAGGAAAGAAAGAUGCAGCUGGUGUUCACCCUUGGCAUUAGAAGUCUGGUCUAACCAUGGAGCUUUGAAACUUUCCUGAUUGCUACAUGAGUGUAACGUUAUUUUUACCAGGGCUGUUUCUAGCUAUAAAGAAAGAGCAGGAGAUGCUCAUCAUCCAUGGGGCAGCAGGAAGGAAUUCCUGACUUACCCAUUGCUCCCUUGAAAAGGUAUUGUUGGAAGUAUUUUUGUUACAAAAACUUAUUUCUACCCUAAACCUACAUGAAAUCUACCCAGAAACUCGGGGAAUGAUGACACCUCUGUAAGAUUUUAGGGGAGGAUCUCAUUACUUUAAGAACAACCUUGUAAGUAUCUGCAAGAUGUGACUGUAAGACAGCCCAGUAAAUCCACAGCUGAGAAACCACUGCAACCUGCUAGAAUGGAUUUCAGAAAUACAGAAGCCGGAACAAAGACAGAAAAUAGGUUAAAAUGUAAAAAGAAUUGGGCUUAUGGGUACUGCUCACUCUGCACAUCGCUGUCCUUUGUUUUAGAAGCUGGACAAUAAA